AUGUUAUACCCUUCUUUUUCCUGGGAAGACAGGAAGGCACCCCUCAGAACUGUCACUACCCCGACCCAAACAAAACCAGUCCUACCACCAAUCAACAUCCUGAAAGGAGAUAUCGAAGAAACCCCAAUCCCUGCAGGAGUAUUAACUCCAGUUGAUGAAGAAGACCCGGAACCUGUAGCAGGACCAAGUCAACUGGACCCAAACCCAAAUCCACAACCAAACCCCGCACCUAGUGCAAUAACAAUCGACAACAAAGACGAAAUAUUAGACAAAGGAAACAAGCUGAGGGACUUCGAUGGAACAAGGUCAAAAUACAGAGAAUGGAUCUACGAAUGCCAUAUGUACAUUCUAGCCAACCCGACCAAGUACGACACGGACAUGAACAAAACACUUAUGGUCCUGUCAUAUAUGAGGGAAGGAACAGCUUCACUGUUCGCACAGAAAUACUACUUCGACAGAGAACUCUGGGAGUACAAAGCAACGGAAACCAAAAAAACAUGGGGAACGUUCAAAGACUUCCUGAAAGAAUUAGCCGCCACAUUUAAGGAUGAAAGUCUCGAAUAG